AUGGUCAGAGAAGUAAGUCCAUGACCUCCUUCAGUGAGAGCACCACCUCUUCGGCCUUGAACCGGCCUUCGCCGGCUUGCCUUCUCGGUGGCGCCUCGGCAAUCCGUCGUGGGGCGUACACGUGCACACCACCAGCCCACAUUUUGAGAACCAGUGAUGAAGCAGUACGACGAUCACCCGAGGCUGACACACGUUGCUCACCACCCGAUGGGUUCGAACAGACCAAGCUAUCGUUGACGCUCGACGAGGCCCUCGCUCACCUCACCACCUCCGAAGCCGGCGCCCCUUCCACGUCAACGUCCUCGACCGCGACCAAAGGCAACUGUCUCCCCAUAUCGGCCAGGCUACCUGCUGACACCCUCACCCCCGUCAUCGCGUACCUGCGGCUCACCAAUGGCGCUAGGUCCGGUGAGAGCUUCCUGAUGGAGUCGGUCGUCAGGGGUGAGACCGGUGGUCGUUGGAGUUAUGUCGGUGCGAGUGAGUAAUCCUUGUUUCGCGGUCGGGCCGAGACAAUCCAUAUCGAGUUCUUGUAUCUGAACGAUGCUUGCUCCCCACCAUCAGACCCCAAAAAGGUGCUUCGUACAGGAGCCAACUUUGAGUUGCAGGGUGAUCCCCUCAAGCACCUCGAGAAGGAUCUCGCGGACUACUCAUUCAUUAACGUUCCCGGUGCACCUCCAUUGACGGGUCAGUAUCCUACGUUGCUCUGCCCCUCUGUUCCCCAAUGGGCGCUUGGACGAGGCCCGUGCUCGCCGAAAAACAGCUCCCAGGCUGACCGAACUCUCCACUUCCGUCCGCACUAGGUGGGAUGUUUGGCUACGUCUCGUAUGACUGCAUCCACUACUUUGAACCCAAGACCGCUCGCGAGCUGUCGGACCCGCUCGGCAUCCCCGAAUCCGUCUUCCUUCUCGCCGACACGCUGAUCGCGUUCGAUCACCUCUUCCAACACGUCUACAUCGCUUCCCACGUCUACGUGUCCCCUUCCACGCCUUCCGAACAGGUCGAGAACACGAUCAAGACCUCGUAUGCGAAAGCCAAGCACCAGAUCGAGGACAUUGUCGCGCUCGUCUUUACCAACGACUCGCCUUUGCCCAUGCCCACUCAACCCAAGAUCACGAUCCCGGCCAAGGAAGCCGUUAGCAAUGUCGGCAAGGCUGGCUACGAAGGGUUCGUCACGAGUCUCAAGACCAAGAUCGUCCAAGGUGACAUCAUCCAGGCCGUGCCGAGUCAGAGAUUACGUCGCGAGACCGAUCUGCACCCCUUCAACGUUUACAGGUCCGUCUUGCGAAUGUGGUUCAUAUUCAAGGAGGAAAAAGCUGACAUUCGGGUCGAAUCCCUCCACGUCGAGCAGGCAUCUCCGAGGUUUGAACCCUUCCCCGUACAUGUUCUACGUCGACUGCGGUAACGAGCUGUGCCUUGUCGGUGCCAGUCCCGAGUGCCUCUGUAAGGUCGAAAAGAACGUUGUCACGAACCACGCCAUCGCCGGGACCGUGCGACGUGGCAAGAGUGCAGAGGGUGAGUAGCAUUCUAAAGUGGUCAAAUCCAGUUGGCGCUAUGACUGAUCGCUUGACGACGACAAUUCGCAGAGGACGAGAUCUUGGCCGCCGAACUGCAAGGCUCGCUCAAGGACCGGGCAGAACACGUUAUGCUCGUCGACCUCGCUCGCAACGACGUCAACCGCGUGUGCCGACCCGAGACGGUCAAGGUCGACAGUUUAAUGCAGGUCGAAAAGUUCUCCCAUGUCAUGCAUCUCACCAGUCAGGUCUCGGGCAAGCUGCGAGACGGGCUGACUCGGUACGUUGCUUCAUUCUGCUCGGGUGUCUUUAUCGAUGCACACUCGCUGACAUCGAGCUCCGCGCGCCCAUCGUCUAGAUUUGACGCCUUCCGGUCCAUCUUCCCUGCCGGUACCGUUUCUGGUGCGCCCAAGAUCCGUGCGAUCCAACUCGUUGGUGAACUCGAACAAGAACGAAGAGGCGUGUACGCCGGUGCGGUUGGCCACUUUGAUUUUGCGAGCGAUUCAAUGGACACGUGCAUUGCGAUUCGUACGAUGACCUUCUUCAAAGGUGUCGCUUACCUCCAAGCUGGGGGAGGUAUCGUCUUUGAUUCGGCCGAGGAGGACGAGUACGUCGAGACUAUCAACAAGCUUGCUUCUAACGUCAAGUGCUUGAGCGAAGCUGAGGGUAAGUAG